CAAAUAUUGGAGUGAUUCCUUUUAAUUUGCUUUUCUUAUAGGAACUUUGAUUUAACUGAUUUUUUGGUUGUAAGUAGUUGUUUUGUGAGUAAAAUCCAUUCGGUGUGGAUGAUUUGGAUGCAAAAUUGCUAAUUCCGAUUUGUAGAAAAUGUCUGCUCAAAUCAGUCUUCGUGGAUGCCUUCAGGGCCAUAACGGAUGGGUGACCUCCAUCGCUGCUUCUCCGGCUGAUGCCAACACUCUGGUGUCUGCUUCUCGCGAUCACACUUGCUUGGUGUGGAAUCUCCAGGCGGGUGACAUGAUUGACGACCCCUCUCUGGUGAUGUCUUGCGGAACCCCUGUGAAGUCGCUGCAGGGCCAUUCUCACAUCGUUGAGGAGGUGAGUCUGUCCGUGGACGGUCAGUACGCUCUGACGGCUUCUUGGGAUGGAACGGUGCGUCUGUGGAACGUGAAGACGGGCAAGAGCGAGAAGACGCUGUCGGGUCACAAGAAGGACGUUCUGUCUGUGUGCUUCAGCCCUGACAACCGCCUGAUCAUGUCUUGCGGCCGCGACCGUACGAUCAAGCUGUGGAACACCCUUGGUGAGUGCCAGUUCACUCUGGACAAGGAGAGCCACAACGACUGGGUGACGUGCGUGCGCUUCGUUCCGAACAUGGAGGAGAAGCCUCGCAUCGUGUCGUGCGGGUACGACAAGCUGGUGAAGGUGUGGAACCUGGAGACGAUGAAGGUGGAGUACAACCUGAUCGGCCACUCGCAGGUGGUGAACAAGGUGGUGGUCUCUCCGGACGGCGUGCUCUGCGCCUCGGCCGGCAAGGACGGCUGCGUGAUCGUGUGGGACCUGGCCAACGGCGUGGAGAACUUCCGCCUGACGCUGGAGGACCCGGUGACGGACCUGGUGUUCUCGCCCGCGAACUACUGGAUCGCGGUGGCCACCACGAACGAGAUCGUGCUGUUCGAUCUGGAGACCAAGGAGCGCGUCGCCAGCGUCAAGCCCGAGUUCCCGCCUCGCUCGGCCAAGGCUCUCGUGCCCUACUGCACCUCGCUCUGCUGGUCGCUCGACGGAGCCACGCUCUUUGCCGGAUACACCGAUAAUGUGAUCCGUGUCUGGGAGGUCAAGGCCAUGUAAGCGCGGAGAAAAAGCGGAUUGGAGUGGUCAAAGUUCUGUUUUGUUGAGAA